AUGGCAGAGGCCAGGAGGCUCUUGAAUGAGGUUGUUUUCAAAACAGGCGAAAAUGAGUCCAGCAUCUUCGCGUUUCCGGACGACGUUCAGGCCAAUUUCGCCAAUGCCAUUUCGAACCUCAUCGACAAUUACCGCGCGGACCCAGUCGCCUACAACUUGAGGCCAAAUCGCAUGAAGUGCCUGUCCUGUACCGCUGGUACCCGUUCAUGCGAAGCUGGGGAUGGUGAUUUCACCUGUACCUGGUGCGAAUCAAACGCCAGUCUUUGCAUUACGAGAACCGAAGGAACGCUGUUCGUCGCUCCUCGAGUACAGGAGAAGACAAUGGACCCAAAAAGCGAAAGAUACUGGCUUUCGGAGCCAAGACUGAAGCGGAGGAGGAGGAGGAGGACCGGACUGGAGUUACUGGCCUGA